CUCAAUUCGGCAUGACUGAGUCUGCGGGAUGGUCAUCGAAAGUAUGAAACUGGGAAGAAGUGCGAGAUUUCGUCCAACAGGGAAAUCAAUGUAACGAUCAAUAUAUUUAGGUCAACCCAUGGUGACAACAGGCAAGUCCGUAUGGCGAACUGUGCGGAACAGUAUGUUCUUGAUGAUCUGCGCCAUUUGGAAGGUGCAUUCACGUAUCCAUGUCAGAUCACACUGAACCCGUCGGCAAGAGCUUCCGGAAGCAUGACUACGAUGUGGUCUGCUUCCUUUUUAAUAACAUCUCUUAGGAGGGGGAUGAUCUCGACAAAAAGAAUCAGCAUCUCAAGAAAAGUGUCGAACGAUGUCGCGAAGUCGUCGACGGCCUCAGUCCACACCUAGAAAUCAUCGUAUCUUUGCUUACCGAGAUGGUAAAGUCGUCCGAUGAGCCCGCGACCAUAGAUCCGCGCGACAUUAUCAUGAGAAGAAAUGUAACAGAACAUUGCAAUGACAUAUCGCUCACGUUUCGACUUUUGUCCACUUGCCGGAACAAUCCCGAUAAUAAUUAUCAAGAGAGUCAUGAUCUGGCUCACAUCACAGAGGAGGCAGCCGACCGAUGUUUCAAAAUGCUCACCGACAUUGUCGAAGCCAUCCGCAAACGGAGCGUCCUAUUAUACACAUCCAACCCAGUGAAUGGACCACAGUGCAUUGGAAACCGAAAGAAGUCCAGUGGAUACGCGAUAUGAGAAUCAACUCUAAAUGCAGCGUGCCCACGGAUUUUGAACUCAGGCACCGUGCAGCGACAGAGCAUGAUCAGCCAGGCGGCACAGCUGUCUCCGGGUUGACUGUCAUGAUACAAUACUCACCCUGCGAGCAAGAGGUGGACCCAACCGUCCAGAAUCGUUGCGCGUACUGGAAUCUUCGGAGACAGAAGAGCAUAUCGCCUUGGCGAUCGAAAGAGAGACACCGUACAGUAGUGCCAUAUAACGGACAUGGAACGUCAGGGCUAUUCAGAGAGGAUUUGCAUCAAUGUUAAUCUCACUGAUAUGCCUCGCGUCUUUCCAUUGGUCUGUGCACACCGAGCCAAUAUAUCUAUCGAUUCGCUGUAAUAUCCCUGUCCUCGGGCAUGUAUGCGUUGUACCAUACGAAAAGCCACACUUUUCGGUCAGAAUCCCCUCACUUGAGUUGGGCAAAUCACACUAAUUAUGCACGAACCAGCGCAUACAGCUGGCGAAGGAAAAUCUGACCAUGAGCUUCAACUCACAUCCCCUUUGUACCAUUCAGAGACAGCUGCAUUGCCCUUCAAGCUUGCCUAGUCACGCCAUCAUGGACUCAGAACCACCUGUGAAGGAUUUCGCCUCAUGUGUAUCCUGCGACAGCAUUAUCAUGAUCUCUAGGCCUCGACGUGGCUAUCGAGGCAAAAAGAGGCUCGUCGAUCCAGUAUUCCAGAUCACAGUCUGUUACACUUGCGAACUGAAAGGCGCCGCAGUGCCACCUCGACAAGCGAACGAGUUCCUCGCUGAGCAGCCGCCCUCUUAUUGCCUGAGUACGUCUCUCGUGAGAAAUUCAGCGAACUUCAUUGCCGCGGGCAAGAUGCAGGAAGUCGAAAUGUCUCUGCGUGAGAAUGGUGGGAGAGUCACACUGACUCACAGGAGCGAUAUCCUACACAGUUAUGAUGCUGGAUGCAGGUUGACCACGAUCCACGUGAAUAAAGACCUUGAGACCACGACAGAUGAGUCUCCAUCGCUUGAGACAGGGUUUUUUUGAGGCAGGUAUCAUCAUUGAUUUUGGGAUUCGCAGGGAGAACUAUCACUGACGCGUUUUCAGAUUCACAAUUUGUGUACGUCUCUUCUCACUCCUCAGACCUGCUCCUGCAAUUUGGAAAUGGAUUAUAGGACCCUUGCUAUUGCUGCUCACUGUGCUGACAUGCCAUUCUGUACCAUUCCAGGAAUACCGCAAAGAGCGCUGUAGAUCUUUGUCUGGCUUUCAAAGAGGCGAAAAGGGCCUUUGUUGAACUCGGAGAUUAAGGAGGAAUUGCACCAGCUUGACGCUUGCUCCAGCAUGUAGCUACUCAACACAAUCGCGAUACCCGAAAGGCCGUAUUGUUCGAGAUCUGUGCUCAAGCAAUUGAAGCCUUGAGGCUGUAAAACUGCCUCUUUACAACUCAAAUGUUGUGGUACAGAUGGGGGGGGGAACCGGGGCCUACCGGUGCAAGGGUGAUGAAUCAUCUAGGGAGGAUCUCUUGUUCGCGUUCGUAUGCAUGCUCGAGAGGUGCGAACAGGAUUGAUUCUCAAAUGGUAUUCUGUAUUUACUGUAGCAAGAACGCUUCUGACGGCAAUAUACCGAGGGCGCAGUUUCCCCGCCAGAACCUCAAGGGUUCACGGAACAGUCACGUGCUGAAUGCUAAUCUUGACUUGGCGCUGAUUAAUGUGAUCUAAUGACAGCUAGUAUAUCUGUACAGAAA